AUGAAUAUGUUGGAUGAUGAAGAUGACCAAAGCUUUCACGCUACGCGUGACGGCUACUCCCAUUUGAGCAAUGUCGAAUGGGAUGCGGUUGAACGAAUGGGUUCGACCAUGGGCAUCCAUGCUGUUAGCGUCAUGCUAGAGGCUCUCAAUAGAGAUGCCCAACAUGCUACUAUCGCCAAGUUCAUUCAAAAUGAACUUGACGCAGAACGCGAGAAAGUAGCCUUGCUUCACCAACAAGUUUCUCAACAAGCAGAGUUGUUGAGAGAACAGGGUGCUCAACAGUUUGAACUGUUGAGACAGCAGCAGGCUGCUGCUGGUGGGUCGAUGCACUCGCGUCGACCCGAGACCUUGAAGAUUGACAUCUCCAAGUAUAGGGGAGUCGAAGGGGACUCUUUGUUAAGAUAG